AUGUAUGUUCGUUGUUAUUCAGCUCAGAAAGGCGGUUUAACUAAAAGUCAAGAAAAAUCUGAGGUAUCAGCUGAUGUCCGUCCUUUAGGAGAAAAGAUAAAGGAAACAACGAAGACAGUGUCAUAUACAGGUGUAAUUGUGCUGGGUGUUGGCGUAACCGGCGUUAUCUUCUACUAUGUGUUCAGAGAACUGUUCUCUGGCAACAGUGCUAACAGCAUUUAUUCAGAAGCUUUAGAAAAAUGUAAGAAUGAUCCGAGAGUUGAAGAUGCGCUUGGUGCUCCAAUCAAAGGUUAUGGAGAAGAAACUACCAGAAGAAGGCGAACACAUGUCAGUCAUGCUGUAUAUGAAAAGGAUGGUGUUAAACAUAUGAGGAUGAGAUUUUAUAUCCAAGGGGUUAGAAAUAAGGGGGUUGUAGAACUAGAUAUGAAAAAGAAUGAAUAUGACAAUUAUCAAUGCCGCUAUUUGUUGGUUCAAUUGGAUGACUACAGUGGAAAAACUAUUAUCAUUGAAGACAAUCGAGCUGAACUGGACAAGAAAGGAACUGAUUUUGGGCAAAUGCCUACGCUUCAGUUGACUUAA